AUGUCUCAUACAAAACUCGAACCGAUCUUUCUUGCUAACGUUUUACUUUACACGUGGAGUGAAGCCGUUUUAUUAAACUUCAGAGUUGUCUCCAAAAGUUGUUUAGACGCUAUUAAAAUGGUACGACGUACCCCUCCAAUCAAAUAUAACCAACUCAAGUUUUCAAUAAAGUUCUUUCCUAACAUUGAAACAGUCUCAUCGACAUACAGCGAAAUUGAAAAAGAUAAGAACAACACACUUCAAAACAUCGCAUUCGUCGAUUUGUCUCCCGGAUUUCUGGAUGAGGCUCCCCCAACUAUUUUACUUUCAAAACUGACUUCAUUAAGAGUACAUGACACCUAUCCAUUUGGAAGCCUUUCAAACUGUUUAAAUUUGAAAAAGUUGAUAGUCCAAGCUGAAGACACCAAAAUCAUGUUAAAAGACUUGAAAGGAGCACCCAACUUAGAAACUUUGAUAAUCAAGAAGCACUACAUUACUGAUAGUGAGGAUGAUGCCAAAGAAAAGUUAUCAAAUUUAUCGACAAACAUUUUAUUAGUUCACACACUCAUCCCCAAGCUGAAAGUAGUAUUAGUCGACUUUGCCCCAACACAGAAGUUGGCACGAGCGAACUACGUGACUUAUUUAAAUAUAACAAAUGAACUACCAAAAGAAGUUAAAGGUGAAGUUAGAAUCAUACAGGAGCAGACGGUGUUUAACAUUCACACGAUGACUGCAGAGAAAUUUACUGAGUGUUCUGUUAUUGGAUUAACUGAUGUUAAAAUCAGUUUGAUUCAAAACUUCGCCAAUUUCGUCGAUUUUUCAAAAAAUUCGUAUCUUGAGAAUUUAAUAUUCUUUGCUGACUCAAGUGUGCCUACCGCUUUUAAACUCCCAACUAGUUUGACUUCUCUUCAAAUAGAAAUGCCAGACAAUUCGGUGUAUUCCAUUUCUAAUGGAACCGUUUUGUCUAACUUAGAGAAACUCCAUUUAUUCGGACCACUCACAUACUUCGAGUUGCCAACACCAAAGAAGACUGAGACUGAUGAGAAUGGGAAAGAAAAAUUAGUUGAGACUUUUAUGUUUAUUGAAGACUUUAGUAUCCACUCCGCUGCUAGAAAUGUACACUUAAAACUGCCUGUUAUUCAGGCGCAAUUGUUUUCUUUAAUUGGCGAUUUCAAAAUGAAUAAUUUGGACGUCCAAUUCGCUGAUAAUUUUUUAAUCACAGAACUUGAAGUUCCAAAAUUGGAGAGUGUGACUUGCCAUUGCGAUCAUAUGGAUGAAGCUAUCGCAUUUUGUCAAUUCCACAUUGAAGGCGUCGAUUUUAAGACACUUGGAUAUAUCGGGGAGACUAAGAGCGAAAAGAAAAUCAUCAAGUUGAUUAAAGGGAAGUACGUCUUAACAAAAUAUGACACUCCAAAAGUCGCGCCAAAUCACUCCGAAGACGCAAAGAAGAAGUUUUAUAUUGAAGAAAAGACGAAGAAAAAGAUGAGUGAGUUUAUCAACACUUCAAACAACAGUGAAACUAACUGUGAGAGUAUUUUGAACUCGGCUCAAGAACAAUUUGUGUAUAAAAGAAGUGACGACGCAGAGCCUAAAAUUACUUUAGAGGACUUUUUAGACUCUUUUGAAGAUUAUGAUAUCUCUCAGACUCAAUGA